ACAAACAAAUCAUGAAAGUGAAACCACUCUCACACAACAGUUCCGAUUCGAUUUAGACUUUUACUCCAAUUAGUCACAAAAUCUGUUUAAUUAAAACUAAGUGUAGCACAAAACGGCUUAUUCAAGGCGGUAAAUUAAUAUUAAUUACAACUCCCAAAAAGGCUAUUCAGACAUAAAAAGCCCCAACCGGUGAAUCGAACCCCAAAAAACAGACAUGGAGCAUGACAUUGUACGCAAGUAUUCCGACGAUCGAGUCAAAAUUUCCGGAUGGUCCGAACGCAUCCAGCAGUACCCGUACGACUGCUGCCUGUGGAACAGGGUGGGCGGAGGAGCGGCUUAUCGUACCUUCGGCUACACCACCAAACACUUCAUCCCGCGAACCACUGCGCAGGCAAUGAGCGAUACCGUCUGGGGUCACUUCCAGGAGCAGCAGCAGCAGCAUCAGCUGGCAUGCAUACGUGCGAAGAAAACGAUCCCGCCCGAGGUCAAACGGUGUCCAUACAUUACCAGCUAUCAGCGUGACUAUUUCGAUCGAUUUCCUGCCUUCCGGAAGUUGAUGAUGAUAAAUGCGCUCCAAAGUAGAAAGUGUUGAAAGACGCAACCCACAAUAGCGGCGUGAGGGAAGCGGCGUCUCUAAAUUGAAAGAUGAUGAUUAUUUAUUCGCUCUCGGGUCGACAAGCGCACCAUAUGGUUCCUUUCAAUGGCUUUGGUACAUGGAAAACGGCGGUGUAUAGAUUUGAGGUUUGUGUGUGAUGUAAGUUUGUAACACAAGGAAUCGAAAAAUAAUCACAUUUGAUGUAAACUUU